GAAUGUAAUUGUUUUAUAUCUGUGUUUUCAUCUGUUACUCAAAACACUACGCAUCUCCAGAUAACUCCUCUUCAAUAUUUUCUUUAGAUGCCUGAUGCUGUGGUUGACUAUGAUUUAUCAAAUGGCAAGUGGAACAUCAUUCAGCAGCAGAAUCUGCUUCAAGAAAGAACUCGAGUUUUAUAUGGGACAGUCCCAAUAUCAAGCAUUAUUGAAAAGUCUAAAAAUAUGAAAACUUCUAACUCUAUGAGCAAUGUCAAAUCUGAAGAUGAAAACUUGUGGAAUGACCUCUCGGAGUUUUAUGCUUGUGAACAUUAUGAUGUUCCUUCUAAUGACGGAGUUGCUGUUCCCCUAACUAUUGUGUACUCACGCAAAAAUAAACUACAAAAUCAAAGCCCUGGGUUGCUUCAUGGUCAUGGAGCUUAUGGUGAAAUACUUGAUAAACGGUGGUGCAGUGAAUUAAAAAGCCUUCUGGAUCGUGGAUGGAUUAUUGCUUAUGCUGAUGUUAGAGGUGGUGGAGAUCCAACCAACACUCUUCUCUAUCCUAUUUUACCUCUCACAGCUGCUGACUAUGAAGAGUUUGGGUACCCUGGGGAUAUUGAUGAGUUUCAUGCCAUAAGGGAGUAUUCUCCUUAUGACAACAUUCAGAAAGAUGUUCUCUAUCCAGCUGUGUUAGUCACCUCAUCUUUCCAUACGCGAUUUGGGGUAUGGGAGGCUGCAAAGUGGGUUGCACGAGUGCGUGAACAAACUAUAUAUAACCCUAACCAUCCUAUACUUCUUAAUUUAACAACAGAUAUUGUGGAAGAAAACAGAUACCUGCAGUGCAAGGAAUCAGCUCUAGAGACUGCAUUUCUACUAAAGAUCAUGGAGUCAUGACCUAGAAUUUGAAGUGGUAGCAACCCUACUUUAUUGAUUUUUGCAGCACAUGGAAUGAUGGAAGCUAGAAAAUUGGAUAAUCAAUCUGUGCAGUGUCCAUCAUUCCCGGCCAGUAUUCAUCUGGCGCCAAGUGAUUCGUUCUUUCUCAAUAUUUUAGUUGGAUUUGAUUUGGUUGGCUUGCUAUCACAUAGAUUUUAGAAUAUGCUUCCUGCCUUUUUCCUGAGCAUCAAUUGGGCACAAGAUAGCAAGGACUUCGACUAGUGAACAAAUUAUAUGUCAGCUGUAAAUUGUAGUGCGGAACUUUUUGAAUAACUUGCCAUCUGCAACUUAUAAAAUGGAGAUGCUUUA